CAGAAGGAGUCACCUCACUGGCGCUCGUGUCGGCCAAGAAGUCAAGAUGGCCAAAGUUCCUGAUUUGUUUGAAGACCUGAAGAACUGUUACAGUGAAAAUGAAGAAUACAAUUCUGCCAUUGACCACCUCUCUCUGAAUCAGAAAUCCUUCUAUGAGGCAAGCUAUGGCUCGCUUCAUGAGAAAUGUACGGACAAAUUUGUGUCUCCGAGAGCUUCCGAAACCUCAAAGAUGUCCAACUUCACCUUCGAGGAGAGCCUGGUGAUGGUGGCAGCGACAUCAGACCAAGGGAAGGUUCUGAAGAAGAGGCGGCUGGGUUUCGAUCAGGUCUUUGCCGAAGAUGACCUGGAGGUCAUGACCCAUAAUUUCGAAGAGACCAUCCAAUCGGAUUCAGCACCUCACGUCUUCCAAAAUAAUGUGAUAUACAAACGGUUAAGGCUUGUCAAGUCGAAUUUCGUCAUGAAUGAUUCCCUCAAUCAAAACAUAUGCCUGGAUGUGGACAAGGUGCAUCUCAAAGCUGUCCCACUAACUGACCUGCAACAUGAAGUAAAAUUUGACAUGUAUGCCUACACAUCGGAAGACUCUAAAUACCCUGUUACUCUGAAACUCUCAAACACCCAGCUGUUUGUGAGCGCCCAAGGUGAAGACGAGCCUGUGCUGCUGAAGGAGCUGCCUGAAACACCGAAAGUCAUCACGGGGAGUGAGGUCGACCUCGUUUUCUUCUGGGAACAGAUCAACACUAAGAACUACUUCACAUCAGCUGCCUACCCAGAGCUGUUUAUCGCCACCAAAGAACAGAGCCGGGUGCACCUGGCGAAGGGGCUGCCCUCGAUGACGGACUUCCAGAUCUCGUAAGAGCAGCCUUAUUUCUGGAGUCUACUGACUUGGGAAGUGCCGACAGCGUAUGUACCGUGUACAGGAAGGCCCUUCACCCUGAGUCACUUGCACAGCACGUGCUGAGCCUUUGUAAUUCGAAAUGAAUGUUUAUCCUCUUUGUGAGAGAAGAGCAGUGCCUACUGGAACCAACCCCGACACACAAUGGCAUUUGUUAUUUAAAGAGCACCCUGUACUUAGUACAGUACUAAUCACUUCAAUUAUUCUUCUUCAUGACGUUCUCAGGAGGAGCAGAGCUGGUGUGAGAUGGGCUAACUACAGCAUAAGGAAACCGGAAAGUACUCAGUAGCAGUGGGGAUGAGAAGCCACAGCCCCGUGCUGUCAAUCGGACCGUGUACCUUCUGCUUCCCAACUGCUGCUUGAGUACGGUAAAGUUAGAAGAACUCAGCUCUAAACCUAACUCUAUCGUUUUCAAAAGGAAGGGGACAAUAGCUGCAUCUUUCCUACCUCAGUGGGUUUUAUUCCAAUGAGAGCAUUUGAAUGAAAUCCUCCUGUAACACGCCUCAAGAAGAAGACAGAAUGUUAAAUGUUAUUUUUAAGUUAUUUUAUAUAUGUAUUUAUAAAUAUAUUUAUGAUAAUUAUAUUAUUUAUGGUACACCUUUGAGUUCUCUGAGCUUGACCAGAAUCCUCAGCAGCGGGGUGUUCUAGGUGGAGUCAGUCAGAUGUGGCUACUCCGGAGCACCAUGCUGCAGAUGCUAUGCUUUCUCCACAGCCAGGAAGUUCUCUCUACAUUCUCAUACUCGAGAGCCCUGUAAUUAUGACCACAAAUCUGUAUUGUUUACUUAGUUCAUUUAAAAUGAUUAUUGGGCCAGUCUUUCCCCCUUUGUCCCUAAAGCUGUCUGGGUAUUCUUACAUCAUUCAACCUCACCUGUAAUUAAAUCCAGCAAUCCAAGGAUGGGAAGAUCUGAGCUGUGACAACCACAUCACUGCUACUGGAAGCUUUCUUUCUAGGAUGCAAUCAGUGUUUCCUCUGGGUUCCAACUUUGUUGUCAAACCACAGUGUCGCA